CCUUCCAGUCACCAGCUUCAGGCUUGGCUUUGAAAAGAAGCUGGCGCCAGUGGUUUUAUAUGCUCUGCUGUGAGUGCUGCUUCAGGGAGCCGAGCAGAGAGCAUGGGAGAGCUGGAAAACCACGAUAUGAAUGCAGUGACCUAUGAUGAUGUGCAUGUCAACUUCACUUGGGAGGAGUGGACAUUGCUGGAUCCUUCCCAGAAGAAUCUCUACAAAGAUGUGAUGCUAGAGACCUACAGUAACCUCACUAGUAUAGGAUACAGUUGGGAAGACCAUAAUAUUGAAGAACAUUGUCAAAGUUCUAGGAGACAUAAAAGGCAUGAAAGAAGUCAAAUUGGAAAGAAAACUUCAGUAAAUACUCAAUGGGUAUUUGCCUUUGCAUAUUCCAGUACUCUUCAAAUGCAUGAAAGAGCACAUACAAGAAAGAAACCCUAUGAAUGUAAUCAACAUGGUAAAGCCUUUGCAUAUAACAGAAGUCUUCAAAUACACAGAAGAACAUGCACUGAAGAGAAACCCUAUGAAUGUAAUCAGUGUGGUAAAGCCUUUGAUUGUCACAAUUAUCUUCAAAAGCAUAAAAGAACACAUACAGGAGAGAAACCCUAUGAAUGUAAUCAAUGUGGUAAAGGCUUUGGAUGUGACAGUCAUCUUCAAAGGCAUAAAAUAACACACACUGGAGAGAAACCUUAUGAAUGUAAUCAGUGUGGUAAAACCUUUGCAUGGCACAGUUAUCUUCAAAAGCAUAAAAGAACACAUACUGGAGAGAAACCCUAUGAAUGUAAUCAGUGUGGUAAAGGCUUUGGAUGUGACAGUCACCUUCAAAGGCAUAAAAUAACACAUACUGGAGAGAAACCCUAUGAAUGUAAUCAGUGUGGUAAAGCCUUUGCAUGGCAUGGCAAUCUUCAAAUACAUAAAAGAACACAUACAGGAGAGAAACCCUAUGAAUGUAAUCAGUGUGGUAAAGCCUUUGCACAUCACAAAAGUCUUCAAAUGCAUAAAAGAACACACACUGGAGAGAAACCCUAUGAAUGCAGUCAAUGUGGUAAAGACUUUGCACAACAAGGUCAUCUUCUAAUACACAAUAAAACUCAUACUGGAGAGAAAGCCUAUGAAUGUAAUCAAUGUGGUAAAGCCUUUACAUGGCACAGUAAGCUUAUAAAGCAUAAAAGAACACAUACUGGAGAGAAACCCUAUGAAUGUAAUCAGUGCAGUAAAGCCUUUGCAUGGCAUAGUUAUCUUCAAAAGCAUAAAAGAACACAUACAGGAGAGAAACCCUAUGAAUGUGAUCAGUGUGGUAAAGCCUUUGCAUGUCCCAAAGGUUUCCGGAGGCAUAAAAGAACACAUACUGGAGAGAAACCCUAUGAAUGUAAUCAGUGUGGUAAAGCCUUUGCAUGGCACAGUUAUCUUCAAAAGCAUAAAAGAACACAUACUGGAGAGAAACCCUAUGAAUGUAAUCAGUGUGGUAAAGCCUUUGCAUGGCAGAGUUAUCUUCAAAAUCAUGUGAAAAAAUCAUGUUGCAGAGAAACCCCAUAAAUAUAGUCAGUGUGGUAAAGUUUUGCAUUUUGUACAAGAGCAUAACUUUUUGUGUGCAAUCAAUCUGUUAAAGCCUGUCCAUAUUACAAUAGUCUUUGACUAUCUGAAACAGAUACUGAGGGCUUCUUAUUAUACAUUAUUUUGUAAGAUCUUUAGCCAAUACACAAUCAGUUACACAAAAGUAUGUAUUCUGUAGAACAAUAUUUGACAGUGUCAACAAUCUGUUCAAGCAUUAUGAUGUCCAUUUUUAUAUUGUUUGCACCAGAAAACUCAUGGAAAAAAAUGAAUUCAUGAAUUUAUGAAGCCCUAUGUAUAGGAUAAAACAGCCAGCCAAAGAAACAUACCCUGACCAUGAAACCAGAGAGAUUGAAAGACACACCCUUUGCGCCUGAAAUCAGAGCCAAAAAGCACACCCUGAUUCUGAAACCAGAGUCAAACACACUUUGUCCCUGAAACCAGAGCUAGUGAAAUAAACACACUGAACCUGAAAAAAAAACACCCCAAAGUUUAAAAGCUGCCAGUGAAAGCAACACACUUUGGCUCUGAAAUCAGAGCCAAAGAAACACAUUCUACCCUUGACCAACUAAGUACAAAACCAACCAGUCCCUGAGCUUGAAACCAGCCAAUCUCUAAGCAUGAAAUCCAGCCAAUCUUUGAGCUUGUUCAAGCACUGUCACUGUUCAGUUGGUAACUGCCUUUCUCUACACUGGCAGAGGCAGCCACCCCUGGAUUCUUCCCUCCCAUAUAAAUCUCUUGAAUGAGUUUUGGGUGAAGACUUUUCAAUGAAGCAGAUCAGAAACUAUUGGAUUGGAGCAGAGAAGCAACAGACACUUCUGUUGGCAAACUCCUUUAAAGGAGCAGAGCUGAAGUAACAAUUUUUCACUGGGGACUGCUACAUUUCUGCAGUAGUUUUCCCCUUACUUGAGUGAAGCAGAGAAGUAAUAAUUAGGGUUGGAGCUGAGAUGAAAUUGAGAUCUCUGCUGGGAAACUUUCUAGUAGAGCAGAGCAGAUAAGAAAUUGACAACUCUGCUGAGAAACUCCCUUAUAGGAGUGGAGAAGAGCAGCAAUGGACAUCUCUGCUAGGAAACUCUCUUAGCAGAGUGGAGCGGAGCAUAGAUGUAAUGCCUCUCUUGGAGAGGAGUGGGAUUACUACAUCCUGUGGCGAGACCAUUCCCCACUGGAAUACAGCUUCAGGUAUAUCCUGACUUCCCAACAGUCAGGGUACCUUUCUCCUCACAGCUGUUGGUAUCCAGGUAUCUUCCCUUCAUGGCAGUAGGUAUAGCCUGACUUCUAACCAUCAGGCUACCAUUCUCUUUAGAGCUGUAGGUAUCCAGCAUAUCCUCCUUUCAUAGCUGUAGGUAUAACCCGAUUCUGACAGUCAGGGUACCUUUCCCUCCAGAGCUUUAACACUUGUACUAUGAAUUUAAAUGAUAAUGUAACCCCUUUAGAUUUUCUCUUCAAUUACACAAAAUAACUAAUUCAGGUGUAAAACUUUAUGGAUUUGUAUUAAUUCCUUUUCCAUUAUUGGGAUAUAAUGUCUAAGUCAACUUAUAAAUGAGUUUAAUUUGGCCCUUGUUUCCAGAGGGAUACAAGGUCACUAUGAAAGUGACAUGGCAACAAGUGUCAGACAUGACAGCUAAAGCAGGAUGCUAAGGAGUCACAUCCUUAACCUUUAGCAUGAAGCAGAGAGUGGGAACUGGAAAUGGUCAAAUUCUCUAAGCCUAUCUCCAGUGACAUAUUUCCUCCAGCAGGGCAGCAUCUCCUAAAUAUUCCCAAAUAAAACCACCAACUUAGAAGGAUUGAUUUCUCAGACUUCAUGACUAAGUGCUUGCUUUUUUUUUAUGUGAAUGAAUUCAUGGUGAAGGAAAAACUCUAAGCCAUUAGAUGCCUCAAUACCUGUGUUACAGGAAUGAAUGCUUACAAGAGAAAAUCUUCCAUGAAUGAAAGACUGUUUGUUUAAAGAAUUAUUCUAAUUCUAUAUGAUAUCAGUGUGUGUUUGUGUGGUUAUGUGAAUAUGCAUGCUCAUUCCUGUGAACAUUAGACCCUUGGAUCUUCUUGUAGCAGAAAUUACAGGAAGUUGUCAAAAAUUGAACUUUGGUCCUGGGAGUGAACAUUUCUUAACUGCCAAGCCAUGUCUCUAGUACUGUAAAUAUUGUAAAGCCUAUUUGUAUUAUCUUGAAGUCAGGAAAUAGGGACAAACUCAUACAACAGAACAACCCUGUUCACAUAAAUGAUUUAGUAAAGACUUUAGACAUCACAAUUGUUUUCAGCUUCAAGGGAAAAAAAUCAUGUUUCAUUUAUUUUUCAUCAUAGCCUUGAAGGACUAAAUUAUCAUGUUCACUCAAGACUGAUGGUGGAGAUCACUGCCUUGUUGUUUCCAUUUUUGAAAGAUUUGAUGUAGAUACUAAAGUGUGCUCUAUGUGUGGCAGAUCCAUUUAGUGAAGUUUAUUUUGUGGUCAUUAUAUUCCUUUUAUGGCUUUUUUUCACCUUCUAUUGUGCUUUUACUUAGUGAUAGGUACUUUUCUGCUGUAAUGUAUAGAAUGGUAUCACCAUCAUCUAAGUCAUCCAUUGUUUUCUUAAAUGUCAGGCAGUGUGUGAUCAUACUUUUCAAGUAAGGGUAUCUGUGAAAUGGUUGUUGUUCUUGGUUUUGUUUUGCAUAUUUUCACAAAUUCCCCUGAGAUUUUUGUUGUUUGUUAUUCAGCUUGGCUUGGAUGUCAGUAAUGAUUCAGGAAUACAUUUGAACUCAUGAUACUCAUAUGUCUGCCUCCUGAGAACAAGUCCAAGGGUUGAUGAUGUAUUACCAACAUGUGCUGUUUUGUCAACACAAUUUAACAAUGCUAAUGUUAAAAUGCUUAAUAUAAGAGAAUAUAAGAAACAUUAAAUACCUCAUAUGUAUAUUCAAAGCAGUAUUUUCAUUUAUCUGGUAAAUUUGUAAUAAAGUAGGAUAAUCUGCCAUCAAUUGUGUAUUUCAUACUAUACCUUGAUGUUCUACAGAUACACACACACACACAUACACACAAAAUGUGUGUGUAUGUGUGUAUGUGGUAUAUAUUUUUGUACCCUAAUAAAAUUUUCCUGAAGAUCAGAGAGCAGAACAAGCCACUAUAUUAAACAUAGAAGUCAGGCAGUGGUAGCACACACCUUUAAUCCUUGCUUUUGGGAGGCAGCAAUCCUUCUGGAUCUCUGUGGGUGCAAAUCCACCCUGGACUACAUGAGAUUGAUUCAGUCUAGAAAAGAAACAGAUCUAGGCAGUGGUGGCAUACACCUUUAAUGCCAGUACUUGGGAAUCACAUGCCUUUAAUCCCUGCACUGUAGAUAUAACCAACCUUCUUAUUAAAUAAGAAACACAGAACCAAUGCAAAGAAGAAAGCCAAGAGGUCAGAGCUAAGAGCUAAAACCUUACCCUUCCUCCUGCGGUGGUCCUACCUCUCCGAAUCAGAGCUACUUUCUGUGUUAAAGUCCUUAUAUAGAAUUUCUGUUCUGCCUUCUCAUUGGUUGUAAACCCAACCACAUGACCACCUCGUCACGGCCUGUCUGUAUAGACCUCCAGGUUUUCCAUGAUUGGUAUUGAGAUUAAAGGCAUGUGUAUCCAAUGAUGGCUGUAUCCCUGAACACACAGACUUACCUAGGUCUGCCUACCAAGUGCUGGGAUUACAAGCGUACACCACCACUGCCCUGCUUUCCUAUGGCUUGCUAAUAGCUCUGACCCUGGGCAACUUUAUUUAUUAACAUACAAAUAACAUUGUAAUACAAAUAAAAUAUCACCAUAGUUAAAAGCAUAAGAGAAUGAACUGAGGGGCUGGAGAGAUGGUUCAGAGGUUAAGAGCACUGAUUGCUCUUCUAGAGGUCCUAAGUUCAAUUCCCAGCAACCACAUGGUGGCUCACAACCAUCUGUAAUGAGAUCUGGUGCCCUCUUCUGGCCUGCAGGGAUACAUGCAGGCAGAACAUUGUAUACACAAUAAACAAAUCUUAAAAAAAAAAAAAAAAGAAUGAACUGAGCCAGGCCCACCAUCUGAGUCUGCAGAAAAAAUCUAGUCCAAUGUCAAAAAUCUGAAUUGCAGUGACAAUGACUUUCUCACACUUUUCUUUCAAAAGAUAAAAGUUUGUAUCAGAUUUUUAAUGCUAUGAAACUACAAACUUUUAAAUAAUGCAGUUUUAAAAUUCUUUGAGAAUUUCAUCCAUGCAUACAGUGUAUUUUGAUCAUAUUCUCCUUCAUUUCUCCUAGAUGGUUCCUGAUCCACUCUCUUAAUUCCAACAUUACUAAAUCCAUGCCCAUUGUUUUGUUUUAAAUCAUCUAUCUAGGGCAACACUGCAUGCCCAUAUGCUCAUGUGUUAGAGCCAUCACUAAGUUUGCUCAAACUACCUGGCAUCAGCACCCUAAAGUAAAAUGAUUCUUCCUCCUCCAAAGCCAUCAACUGCCACCAGCUUCUCUGCAGUAGUCCUGUCAUGCCCAGAAGAUCCUGUUUUAUUCCAAGCUUCAUAAUAUGCUACAAGCACAUCAGAAAUAUCAAACAUGACAUAAAAUAUAAUUAAGUGUUGACAAGAAUUCUAAAGAAAAUGUUAAUGUUCUUAAUUUGACUGAUUCUAUUCCCACAUGAAUUAUAAUUAAAUGAAUCAAGGCAGUACUGUAUCAUGAAUCUGGUUGUUGUUUUUUAUACUUGAGAAUGCUUCAGGUAAUUUCUUCUAUCUAUACAAUUUCUAAAACACACAGCCAGAAGCUGAACAUGACAAAAGAUCAUUGAAAACUGAACUGAGGCUAUAUUCAUAUUCUUGAUAUUCAGAUAACCAUGAUUGCAUUUGGUAAUUGAAAACUGGUCUGCCUGAUAUUUGGGACAUAACUUUCAGUUUACCUCAGUUCUUCUCUUACACAUUAACAUAGAGAAUUACAGUAGAUUCGGUGACGUAAACAGUGUGUUCACUCCAGAGCUGAAUGCUGCCAUCUACAGCCCGAUGAAUAAGGGUAGAAAGAGAGCUCUAAGGGCAUCCUCAUCAGAAUAGCAUUGUCCUUGCUGACUGCCUGAAUUUAGAAUUAAGUGGAUAGUCUAGGCAUCAAGGUAAUUGUACCUAUCAAUAUUCAGACUCUAUUGGAUUCUUGUCUGGAUUGUUUUACUGAUUUUGUUUCUCGUAAUUUUCCAUGUAUAUGCAUAUAUGAGUACAUAUAUAUGUUUAAUAUACUUCCCAUUUGCUUCAGUAAUUCUUUUCUAUUUCUUUUUUCAGAAACAUGGUCAAACGAUGUUGUUUUUUUUUCUUACAAGAUAUUAGGGACUUGAACUUAAUAUACAAAUAUCAUAUCAAAUGUGAACAUUUUUCUCAAAGAAGGAUCCCAUUGUAUUAUUUUUUAAACUCCCAGGAUGAUGUGUUAUGACAAUCACCAAAGCAUUAACAAAUAAAGACUUUUCUCACAUAUUGUCAGAGUUCCUCCCAUAUUUCAUUUUCCUUAUUCUGACUUUUCUCGGUUAACAUUCUGGAAUGACCCACCUCAUUCUGACCUUUCAACUGCAGGCACUUCCGCAUUUCAUUUCAUCAACUUGCUGCAUCUCCUCUUUCCUUAAAGAAUUCCAGACUAAUCAUUGAUUAGGGUGUCCUUGUGCUGAUGAGCUCAAUGCUAGGAAACCCCCUACUAAGUCUGUUGUCUUUAUAAAAACAACAUCCCCCAAAGACAAACACGAUCAGUCCAACACAUUCUAGGAAAGUCUAUGAGAUGGCAUCAGACAUUGGUAGUCUUAAAUCUUCCAUUUCCCUCUGACUUUUCUCUAAAGUAUGUCCUUAAAAGUCAGGCGAUGGGAAUUUAGCUCAGUGGUAGAGUGCUUGUCUAGCAAGCACAAAGCCUUGGGCUUGGUCCUCAGCUCUGAAAAAAAAAGUGGUCUAAAUUUUAUCUUCAGAGUAUCUAGCCUGUUGCAUAUUCCCUACCCAGAGACUCUUGUCUCUCCAUUACAAUAAUCCGUAUCACCAUGCUAGAACUCAACUUGUUUUGUCACAACCUUUCUGUAUCAUAUGCUGUAUCCAUGAUUCCUUGUUCCUUUCUAGAGUUCUACACAAAACCUGAAAUGUUUAUUUAAAAAGAUUCUUGGGGGACUAGAAUGCCAGGGCUGCCUCAAUGACCAGUAUUUGUCCCAUCUCACCUCACAUAUCAGCCUAAAGUAAAAGUGGGACCACUGAGAGACAAUUGGAACAGAACUAAAUUUGAGGGCUAUUUCUGGGAACCAGACGUCCUAGAAUGGUUCAGAUUCAAAGGCCUACAGAUGCUGAAAGAAAAAUUCUGAGUUCUUCACCCAAGGAACACAAACAAUAAUAGGUCCAGCCUAUAUUGUUUACUCCCAGGGUCCAUGGAAGAGUCUAACAACCAGUUGAGGAUUCUAGCUGGAGGGAUAUUAAAUUAAUCUAAGCACACUGAGUCCUUUAGUCCAUUCACUUUAUUCUUCUAAGUCAAUUCUAUCUACAGAGUUUCUUUUCUGCUCUCUUACUUAGCUCCUCUCAGUCCCUCCUGCUCUCGGUCCCUUCUGCUGUUCUCUCAUCAUUCUACCUAGUUCUUUCCAUCUCUGUCCUCAUCUUUGGUUUUCUCAAUCAAUUCUCUCUAGUGCUGAGAACCAGUAUAUAUACAUAUGCAGUAAUUCUUUGGCAAAGCAAUUCGAGGCUUGAAGUUUUCAGGGUCGCAGAAAGAGGUGAUAAUGAUCCACACAUAAAGCAAUUAAUUGUCAGCAUCCAAUUACAAUCCAAAAGGGGAGUGACUAAAGGGGAGUUCUCUGGUAGGGUCAACUAAAGGCCAAGAUCAAUUAGGGCAUUUAUGUGCUCAAACUAUAAUCUAGAAAUGGCUAGGUAGAAUGUUAGGGGUCAACAAGUCACAAGAAAGUAAACUGUUUUUGGCGCCACUUUUCCCACUUGUCCUGGCUGCAGCUGCUUUCUGACAGGGAGGGGGACAUAUGCUAGCUAGGUGGCUAAGCAACCUAUGUCAGAGGUGUAGUAUUUGGUUAGUAAAAGCACUUUCACUCAGAGUAAUUGCUGAGAAGAAAAUCUAGGAAUAGUACCUGGCUGAGGAGGAAUAAAAACUUAACUUGCACAAGAAAGAAUCUUGGCACCUAUCACCUGCCUGGCCUUGUAGGCAAUCUCCUUGGGUCAGUGGGAAGUAACUGCCUUAACUCAGUAACUAGUAAAUGGCUAAAACAUCAUCUUAGGAAUGUGAGCAGUAAAUCUCUUAAAUUAGUGUCUUGUGUAAAUAAGCUGGGGUGAAGGUAAGGGAUUGAGGAUUUAAUUGGUAGUGGUUCUUUUCUCUAUCUGUGGGUGAGAUGAGCUCAUGUUUAUCUAUGUGCAGUUUUGUCCUUGGAAAAAGGUAUCUUUGCUGAAAUACUUUUGUCUGGAGAAUGGCCCUGGCCAGAUAUAUGUUAAUGAAAAAUAAAUGCAGCUGGGGACAGUUAUCCAAUUACCCCAAAUAUACAGGGAAAGUUGUGCCCAAGAUUAAGAUGCAAUCUUGAGAUUACAUAUACACGUAACAUGGAGAUGCAUGGUAAAUGGGGAGACUCAUAGCUGUUACUGCACAAGAAGUUUACAACCAGAGACAACCAGUUCAUUCAAAAGGCAGUAACUCCAUAACGCCUUGCAUGAUGGUUUCCUCUAACAGAACCCUUAGUUCUGAUAGGUUGACCUUGUGAACACUAGUUGUCACUGCUGUAUACUCUCAUGGAUUUUCGCUACCAGUGGCUCUCAAUACCCAUCUAUUGAUUCAAGGUUUGGGUCAUCAUAUUCUUUCUAGAAAUUGUUUGCUCAGUGACUCCAACCAGACCUGUCCAGCACUAGUCACAUCUUUACUAACAACCUCAUAGCUUGAGUGAGUUCUAUUGACACUCUGGGGGAAAUCUUCAUAACUGCCUUAAGUGUGACUUUUUUUUUGAACCCACCAAUCUCUAAAAGUUGAGGAUCUUCCCUGGGUGAUUGUUCACUUCAGAGUUCUCUUCCCUAAUACUCCCCAUUAUCUGACCUGAUUUCUAAGCUUCAUUUAUUUCUCAUCUUACUGAUUAUGGAUCUUAAGGAGGGCAAAAGCCAACCUUGGACAGCGCAUGGAAAGUGAGCUUUCAACUUCACUUAGAUAAAGUUUCUAAUGAAGCAGAGGGCUAGAUUUCUGGCUUUGGAAGGAGGAUCUACCUAAAGGCUUCCAUUGUGACCACAGAGGAUCUUGGAAAUGGCACCUUGGUUUCAAGUCACUUUUGGGUGAAGUCUGUAGCAGGGAUGUAAUAACUACACCAUGUGACAUCAGCACAUGGACAUUCUACUGUCUCCUGGAGAGCCCUGGCAUUCACUAUGAUGUCACCAGUGUUGUGGCAACAGCAACAUCCUUGGGACAUUCGUUCAGUGUCUCGUGUUUCACCUACAGACAUGCUGACUAGACUGAACAGGAUUCUUGGGAGACAGGAUGGCGAGCACAGGGAGAUCAGAGGAAGGCAGAAGGAUGAUCACCUUCAGUCUCCAUGUCACACAUCAAAAAAUAAAUGGUUCUGGGGAAAGCGCAGUGAGUCCUGGGCAAGGGAUGGGGAGCUUCCUGAAGGAGGAAGGCUUCAGCUGAUCUUUUCAGGAGUGGGGCUAAGGAGGGGAGAGUUUCUGAGAAGCAAUGGGCCUAUCCUGGUCCUCUGAGUUCUUCAAGAGAACACAAGUGUGUUCUUCGACAGAGUGCUUGUAGAUUUUGUGUUGACAAACUUGGUGGAGCAGUCCUACUUGAGGCUCUUAUGCUGAUGGCAUUUACUGACACAGACUAAGACUUUUCGGCUUUAGACACAGUAGUGGGAAGUUUCUUGCUUGUUGCAAGACUCUCACUGUUGACAUUUGGAAGCUUUCUAAAUGAAUUAAUCUUAGACUGAACAGCCUGGCCAUGAUAACAGCCAAGCACUCCUUUUUUAGGCAUGUUAGCAUCCUGUUGGUGCUUUUCUGCAGUUGAUUACAUCUUUUUACUGUCUUUAAGGUGACAUGCCUGGUCUGAUGUCAUAGUCUGUCCUUGGAAAUCAUCUGUAGUUGAUGAUAAUUGCACAGCUUGAGUAUUAUCCUUCAAGUUGUGUAUUUCUGAAUUGGUUACAUCAUCAGCUUUUGAUGGAAUGCAGUUUUUUCAAUUGUGUUUCUAAUAUUUUCUUCAUCAGCCUAUAAGAGUUAAGAGGUCUCAGUGUUUCAGAAUUUAUUUCUUCAUAAUGAAUGCAGAAAAGGUCUGAGUGCUAAACACAUACCUUACCAUUUCUGUUUUGAGUUUCAGAACUCUCUUCCCUUCUUGGACCUGAUCUUCAGAUGUCAUCACUUCCUGAUCUCUAUUAAUUAAAAAAUUAAUUAGUUCUGUUUGAAGGAGAUUUAUUUUAGGGAAGGGGAGGGAGCUUUGUGUACAAACUAAGCAAAUGCUCUACCACUGAGCUACAGUCAAGAUCCCACAUUUUAAAAUUUUAAUUUGAGUCAAGAAGUGAAAUAAGAUUUGUGUAGUUAAUGGAGUAGACAAGAUUCUGCUGUGGGAUGGUCUGUAUGGCAAAUGUGUUGCUGAUUGGUCAAUAAAUAAAACACUGAUUGGCCAUUGGCUAGGCAGGAAGUAUAGGCGGGACAAGGAGGAGAAUAAAGCUGGGAAGUGGAAGGCUGAGUCAGAGAGACACUGCCAGCCGCCACAAUGACAAACAGCAUGUGAAGAUGCCGGUAAGCCAUGAGCCAUGUGGCAAGGUAUAGAUUAAUGGAAAUGGAUUAAUUUAAGCUGUAAGAACAGUUAGCAAGAAGCCUGCCAUGGCCAUACAGUUUGUAACCAAUAUAAGUCUCUGUGUUUACUUGGUCGGGUCUGAGCGGCUGUGGGACUGGUGGGUGACAGAGAUUUGUCCUGACUGUGGGCCAGGCAGGAAAACUCUAGCUACAAGAUUCUUUUAAACUCUUAGCUCAAAUUUUUUUUCAGCUAUAGACCUGUACAGUAUCUGAUGAUCCCUUAGCAAAUACAUGCAAAAUCAAGAAAAGAAAUUAAAUAUUGUCAAUUAGACAUUCCAGUAAUUCUAAAACAGAUUCACAAAUUCAGAGAGUAUGCUAAAAUGUGGGGACAUUGUUAUCUGGUAGAACUGACAAAAUCUGGUAUUUUAGAGCUAAUGAAACUAACAACUGCAGAGGAAGAUUAUCACCCUCCAACUCUGCUUUUCUAUUGGAUAAAGUCCACCUAGGCAGAGGGCCACCUGCUGUCCUCCAAGUCACAGAUUCAAAUAUUAGGUCACACCUAAAAGAUUUUCUUCUUGUAUUUUGUUAGUUUUUGUUUUUUGAGACAGGGUUUCUGUGUAGCCCUGGCUGUCCUAGAGCUUACUCUGGAGACCAAUCUGCCCCCCCACUCAGAGUUGAGACAGCCCUCUGCCUCUGAGUCCUGGGAUUAAAGGCAUGUGCCACCCUGUGGGUCGUUUACCCAACCACCCCCACAGUUCCCCCGGAGUUUUCUUGAGUGCGAGCAGCAGGAAAUAUUAGAUAGAAGGAUUUAUUGCGGAGAAUAUCAUGGAGAUAAACAGAUAGAAAAUAAAGGAUAGCCUCGAGAGGGCCUGGAACCUAUUCCAACGGGCCCCGACUGUCUCUGCCCCAGGGUAUUUAUAGAGAUGCCAAGGGGUAGAGCAAAAGACCUCCUCCCCCAGCACAGCCAAGUGCAGACCAUCCCAGACACCUGCACUUAGGCCCGUGGUCUAAUCAUCCUCUAUGCGGACCUGCUGGGUAAAGCCACAAGGAACCCGAGAACGGGCUCCCACACCACCCAAGCCUGUCCUUAAAGAUUCUCUUACUGCAACAUCUAGGCUACUGUUUGACCAAACAACUGGGCAUUGUAACCCCAAAAGACAUAGGAAAUUACCCAUCACAGCUGCAGUGGUACCAUUCUAUGAUCCUUUGAGACAGAAGGAAUUCAAGUUUGAGGCCAGGGUGUUUAGAAUGCAGAUUUUCAAAACCAAACACUGACUUCAGUAUGGCUCCUAAGUCAGUAUCUCAGUACAUAUACAAUACACUUUUCUUUAAAACUGUUUUCUCUUGGACCUGUGAGAUGGCUCAGCAGAUGCCGCUGCUUGUCACCAAGCCUGACUACCUCAGUUUCAUUCACAGAGUACACAUGCCUGAAGGUUACUGUGGUCUGCAUAUGUGUACCAUAUCUUGCAUGCACCUGCACAAAUGGGUAAGCAAGUGAAUAUACACAGAGAAUAAACAUUUAAAGGAAUUGUAAUUGUUGCCCUUGAAGAGUUUGAACAGAUAUAGAAAAUGAUGAUCUAGUGCAUCAUCCACAUAAAGUAGCCUCAGGUACUAAUCAAGGUGUGUUGAAAGUGCUAACACACACCAGACUUUUUGAAGACUUGAUAACAAAAGAGAAGGUUAAGUGCCAUAGUGCCUUUUCUUUUUUUUGGUGCUUCAGUGGCGACAUUCUCCUCCUGGAAUACAUGUCCAGGCCUCUUAGUGCUUUUAAAUAUCACAUUAAAGUAAUAAUAUCUGGAAUCAUAACUGUAUUGCUGUUAUAAUUCAUUUUGUUUAACAUUAAAAUGGUUAGGAGGAAAGUAAAAAUUACAAAUGUGGCACAUGUUAUGUUCUUAGUGGACAACUCUAAUGUAUUCUGAGAACUGAAUUGAACUUGACCUCUCCUGGAUAUCUGAUAUUCUUGUUUGUGUUGAAACAUUUAUUUUUUGUAUUAACAGAUAUUCCUUGAGUUUUUGUUUUCUUUGUUCUAUAUAGUAAGGAGUAACAAAUUCAACUCUAGUUAAAACAUCAAAUAUGGUUGAAUAAAAAAUUAUUUUACUUGGAAAAUUA